AGCGAGUAAAAUAAGACCCUCCUUCUUCGAAAAUGGCUUCCAGGCAUAUUCAAAAUUGGUAGCUGUAAAAUGCUGAAAACCAUGUCACGUGCUACGAAGCUGAAGUUCUGCUCUAUGCAUCAUUUCCAAGCCUCACCAUCAAACUCGAACGCGAUGAGGUCGGUCUUGCUCGCCUCCCACGAAGAUGGCAACCUUUUCCUUGUGUCAAUUGUCAAACGCGAGCCGCAGACUUUCCUUGAGCCUUUUGCGCCAACAUCAAAACAAAUUUGCUGUUUCCAAACGACAACCUAGCCCGUUUCGCCUCCUCCUCUCUCUCCAACAACCACGAUAUCUUCACACCGGUGACGAUGCAAAGCCAGACGAAUCAACACCGAUAAAUAGCGACAUUGCUGCCGAGGAGGGCAUAGAAGCCCACGGCUCUGUCGAUACCAGCAACGAAGUGACACCAAUUGUAGACGACUCGAUCAAAAGCAGUGACGAUGUUACUAGGGACCAAGACGUCGGUGAUGGUGAUGGUGAUGCCUCGACCCCAGAUCCCAUUAUCUUAUCCUCAGACCCAAGAGACGAACCCAAGGUUAAAGCAAGGCCAUGGACCGAGGAGGACUUGGCUCACCUCGAAGGAUUCAUCAGACGGCCAUAUUUCAGUGUCCUCUACAUUGCGAAGCGGAUGGACCGACGUUUUGAAAAUGUCAUGGACCAGCUCAAGCAGAUGGAGGAACAGAAGGGAAUCAAGCUACUGAACCGAAGUUGGCACCAAACUCCAUGGCAACAUACAAUGGAUGCUACCCCAGAGCAAGACGCAAUUUUCGAGGCGAAGCACGAGGAAGUGCAAAAGCGUAUGGAACACAUUGUCGAAACACUCAUGACCUUGCCAAAAACGGACCAGUGGGAGGAAAUUCUCAAGCUGAAAUCUGCCUCGGAAUGGGCAUCAGCCAUCAUGAAACUAAUACCACUACGAGUCUGGCACAUCUUGGCCGGCGACAACCCGCCGUCCGAGAAGGAAUACGGGACCAUACCAAUGGCUGAUCCGUAUAACACGUUUGGAUUGUUCGCCCAAAUCUACCAACGCAGGUUAUACAUAGGCUUCGCUGACAAACCAUUUGGCCUGAUGGGGCCCAAAGCCGCAAAAAACAAGCCGAUCAAGCGCCAUGGAUUGGUAGUCCCGUUGAUUCCAGUGUCUUCAGCGAUGCUUAAGCAGCUUACCCACAAGGAAAACGUUGAGCAGAGGUAUACACUUGGACUUGCCAGGGCAGCGCUCGCGGCAUGGCUUGGGGCAUAUCAGUUCGAGGUAUCUCCUACUCUUCGCCAAUUGUAUGCCUGGUGGGAGAAGGAUGUACAUCCGGGCUUACACCAUUUUGGCUUGAUUUUUGGUAACCCACUUGAGAGGAGACUCAUUCUCCCGCUGACACCAGAGGCACGUGCUGCUAGAAGGGUCAAACAUCAGGCUGAGGCGUUGGAACGUGAGGGAGAGAAGACAGUGAAGGAAGUGAUGUCGUCACGGAGAGAAAGUUCUACUAAGAAGCGAGCUUCUGAUGCUUGGGGGGCAUUCUGAGGAUCUAUGCCAAGGCCAUUUGUAAAAAAAAAAAAAAAAGAGGUGUAUAAUUUGCGAGUUAAGAGCCAGCGGAUAGGCAUGUAGGCAUGCAUGAUUAGAGACAAUGAACUCGGUCAAAACCUCCUGUUUCUUCCUGAUACCUAACAACACUCAGCAAAACUGAGACCCGAUUCCGUACAAACUAAAUGAUGGGCGAGCUGGUGGG